AUGUCAAGUCGACAAGUGCGCAAGCUACGGCAGCUGCGCGACGGUGGCUCCGUCGAAGAAGAGGAAGAGGAGCACAGCGAAGUUGAAGAGCUUACCAAGGCUUCUUCCGCCUUUGGGGCUUUGGUGGACUCGGACGCGUCGCAGGAGGAAGAUGAGGUUGCUCCCGCACCCGUGGCCGUCAGCGCGAAGAGCGCAGACGAGGCUCGCAAGCCCCGGCAUGGGUCCCGAAAGGGCCGAAAGGGACGUCAGGCAGAGAGCGGCGAAGGCCCAUUCUUGCCUGAGAUUCAAGGAGAGGAGGCGGAGGCCGAGCAAGGUUUUCAAGCAGAGAGUUUUCAGGAGAUCGCAACCGAGACCGAGUCGAGCGCCGCAGGCCCUUUGAGCAUGUGCCGCCACGAUUUCUCGGCCGAGACGGAGCGGCAGCGCGUCUUCGGAAGCGGCCGGCCAGGAUCCCUGGGCCAAAGCGCGGGGCAAAGAAGGGCCCCAAGACCGCGAGGUCAAGUGGAAGGUCGCACGCUGCAUCACCGGCGAUUGUUCCUCGUGUCCUUGAAUCCAAACGAACCUUGGGUUAAGCCGGAGAACUCUCCUCGCAUGGUGGCAAAGGUCGACCAAGACGGGGCCGCGAUCUUUGACUUCGAAGAAACAGCUGCGUCCUCCCGCGACUUGAAAUCUCUGCGACAGAUCGUUGGCCAGGAAGACCCGCAGUUGCUGCAGCAGUAUUUACAGCGUAACUCCUUCUCUCUGGAUGGUCUGCUCGUGAUGGCAGAGUUCCACCGACACCAGGGAUCGCACGAACAAGCUCGGGAGUUUGUGCGACGUGCUGUGUACACCUUGGAGUGCUCCCUGUCCCCGGAUUUCUCCCCCUUCCAGACGACGGGCUUGGGACCAAGUGCUCUUCGACCACGAGUUCGCCUCGAUGUGAAGAAGGAGUCCUCCGAGUGGUCGGGCUGGAGUUGGCUGAAUGCACUUUGGCGUCACAUGCACUGCCUGAGAGGCCUGGGGAUGCACCGGACGUCUUUGGAAGUUUGCAAACUGCUGCUGGCUUGCACCUUGCCGAGGGACCCGACGCGCGGGCUUCUGUUCGCCGACUUCUUGUGCUUGCGCUCCCGCAGCUUCCAGGUCGUGGAAAGCUUUGCCACGCUCCCUGGUUGUUAUGGCCUGGCACCAUCACAGACACCAUACACGGCAGAACUGAGCUUCUCUUUUCCAAACAUAGCCUAUUCCCUCGCUCUCUGCACGCAGCUCGGGCGUGGCCAGGGCAGCACCCCAGAUCUGGGAGCUCUCAGCAAUCUCUCUUUGGAUCCCAUUCUGUCUGGGGUGGAUGACGACGACUGGGACCAGGAUUUGCGCGCGCAUGCUCGACUGAUGCGUGCGUUGCUGUUCUUUCCUGGCUGCCUGCGACCCCUUCUUGAGGAGUGCGGUGUCAACUUGCAGUCCAAGCCGAGUGGCUCUGAAUCGUGGUUAGACCUCCUUGCGGCUCCCCCGUUCUCCAACUCUAUGGAGUUUUGUCAUAGCCAGCAUGCGCUAGCACACGGGCGUCUGUGUGUCGCAUAUGCUAAGCUUUGCGGGCCUUUGUGGAAGGAUGCUGUAAAAUGGCUGCACGCCUGCUGUGCCCGAUGGACACGAAUUCAUUGUAGCGAAGUCUUUGCCAGAGACAUCGAAGCAGCACGCAGGAGCUGGGCAAGCAGCCACCUUGCCUUAUGCGAGGCUCUUGACGACUACAGAGACUUGUUGAGUGAUGAAUGCGCGGAGAAUCCUACCCCGGCUCCCAUCCUCGAGCGCGCAAUGACCGCAAGGCUGCACCCUCCAAGGAAUCAGAAUCUCUUUGCUGGAGCUGCUGGGGCAGGUGCACACAUGCCUGAACCCAACAUGUCCUUACACACUCCGGCAGCCAUACUGUUUUUUCAGUCGUUGCUGCCAUGGAGUGAGCUGGACCAGACCGGCGUGCAGGUUUCGCCGCUCUUUUGGCGAGAUGUUGUUUCGGGAGCUCUUGCAGUUGCCAAGGGCACUGGGCUUUUCGGGCUUGGUGCCUUGGCAGAUCUUGGGCGGGCAAUCGCAUCACUCUGGAAGUCACUGCGUGGCUGA